CACGUGACCGGAUAUGCUUUUUCAAAACAUUGGGCAACUUUGUCGCGCCUGCAGCUUUCAUCUUCACUGCAACUUUCCCCGCUAUGAAUUCUUCUUUUUUAAAUUAGUAUUUGCAAGAAACAUGGAUUUGUAAUAUUCUGUACAUCCCUGUCAAUCGAUCGUGGCAGCAACAUGGCGGGACCGCUGCUGGAGUUUGAGACCGAGAUGUUCUUGAGUCUGUUCGGCUCUGAUGGGCUCUUGGUGACAGCAGAGGGUAUGGGCAUAGACCGCAUCCUCCUGCAGUUCAUGAGGGUCUACUCAGAAGAAGGGAGUCUGGUUCUGUUGCUCAACACGACCCCUCCUGAACAGGAGUAUUUUACUGAACAGUUACGAGUGGAAGGUGUCACCCACCUGCCCAAGACCGUGAACAGCGACAUCCAAAGCGCAGAGCGCUACGACGUGUACACCCAGGGAGGAGUGCUGUUCGUCACUAGCAGAAUCCUGGUGGUGGAUUUCCUAACUGACCGCAUCCCUGCUGAUCUCAUAUCAGGUAUCUUGGUGUAUCGCGCCCACAAGAUCAUCGAGUCAUGCCAGGAGGCCUUCAUCCUGCGUCUGUUCAGGCAGAAGAACAAGACGGGCUUCAUCAAGGCCUUCACGGACAAGGCCACCGCCUUCUCCUCAGGAUUCUGCCAGGUGGAGCGCGUCAUGAGGAACCUCUUCGUCAAGAAGCUCUUCCUCUGGCCCAGGUUCCAGGCGUCGGUGAACGGGGCAUUGGACCGACACAAGCCCGAGGUGGUGGAGCUCCAAGUGGAGCUGACCCCGGCCAUGCGCGCCAUCCAGACCUCCGUCAUGGACAUCAUGAGCGCCUGCCUGAAGGAGCUGAAGCGCUUCAACCCCAGCCUGGAGGCGGAGGACCUGUCCCUGGAGAACACCCUGGGCAGCGCCUUCGAUAAGACCAUCCGCCACUACCUGGACCCCCUGUGGCACCAGCUGGGGAGCAAGACCAAGGCCCUGGUGCAGGACCUGAAGGUGCUGCGGACGCUGCUGCUCUACCUCACCCAGUACGACUGCGUCACCUUCCUCAACCUGCUGGAGUCCCUGCGCUCCAGCCAGAAGAACUUCGGCAGCAACUCGGGCUGGCUGUUCCUGGACUCCAGCACCUCCAUGUUUGUGAACGCCAGGGGCAGAGUUUACCGUUACCCCCAAAAUAAGAAGAAAAUGAAGAUGGGCCUGGAGGCAGACGCCAAGCAACCAACCGUGGCUGCUGAGGGGAGGCGGGAGCUGGUGCUUGAGAAGUCUCCCAAGUGGGAGGCUCUGACCGAGGUCCUGGAAGAGAUCGAGAAGGAGAACCAGAGCACUGCACAUGAACCAGGCCGUGUGCUGAUCUGCGCCAGCGACGACCGGACGUGCGCCCAGCUCCACCAGUACAUCAGCCGCGGCUCGGACGCGCUGCUCCACCGGCUGUACGAGCGCACCGUCGCCAAGCGGGACGCCGGCGCCGGCGCCGCCCUCCAGCUGGAGUCCCACCGCGAGGGCCGCGGCUGGGCCAAGAACAAGCCCCAGGACGACGCCACCGCCGCCGCCGCCUCCAGGGGGAAGAAGAAGACGGCGGCCGCCAAGCCCAAGAACGGCAAGCAGACGUCCAAGACGAAGAGCAGACCCUCCCUGACGCUGACCCAGAUGGCGAAGGGCGGGGACGGAGCGGAAUGGAUGGGCAGCAGCGGAGACGAAGACGACGGCGGCGGCGGCGGCGGUGGCGACGGGCUAUCGGAUGAAGAGGAAGCGCCGCUGAAGCUGGACCUGUCGUCGGACUGCUACUACGGCGUGGUGCGGGAGCCCCUCACGGUCAUCCACCCACUGCGGGGCUGCACUGACCCCUACAGCCUGACGCGGGUACUGCACGAGGUGGAGCCCAGCUUCGUGGUGCUGUACGACGCGGAGCUCAGCUUCGUGCGCCAGCUGGAGAUCUACAAGGCCAACCGCCCCGGGAAGACGCUGCGAGUGUAUUUCCUGAUCUAUGGAGGAUCGACAGAGGAACAGAAGUAUCUCACCGCGCUCUCCAAGGAGAAGAAAGCCUUCGAACACCUCAUCAGGGAGAAGGCGACCAUGGUUGUGCCGGAGGAGCGAGAGGGUCGAGAAGACACCAAUCUGGACCUGGCGAGGAAUCUGGAGCCCGCCAACGCUACCACCAACACCCGCAAAGCAGGAGGCCAGGACCAGCCCAGGGAGCCCUCCCGGGUCAUCGUGGACAUGCGGGAGUUCCGCAGCGAGCUGCCCUCCCUGCUGCACCGCCGCGGGCUGGACAUCGAGCCGGUCACCCUGGAGGUGGGCGACUACAUCCUGACGGCGGACACCUGCGUGGAGCGCAAGAGCGUGAGCGACCUGAUCGGCUCGCUGCAGAGCGGCCGCCUCUACACGCAGUGCGUGUCCAUGACGCGCUACUACAAGCGGGCCGUGCUGCUCAUCGAGUUCGACCCGGCCAAGCCCUUCUCGCUGGUGGCGCGCUCCGAGUUCCGCCACGAGCUGUCGGCCAACGACGUCACGUCCAAGCUGACGCUGCUCACCCUGCACUUCCCGCGCCUGCGCAUCCUCUGGUGCCCCUCCCCCCACGCCACGGCCGAGCUCUUCGAGGAGAUGAAGCGGGGCCGCGGCGAGCCGGACGCCGCCGCCGCGCAGGCCAUCGCGGCCGAGUCGGACGCCAAGACAGCGGAGCUGUACAACCCGGCGCCGUACGACUUCCUGCUGAAGAUGCCGGGGGUCAACGCCAAGAACGUGCGGGCGCUGGUGAGCAAGGCGGACAGCCUGGCCGAGCUGGCGGAGUUCAGCCAGGAGAGGCUGGCGCAGGUCCUGGGGCACACCGGCAACGCUAAGAUGCUCUACGAGUUCCUGCACAACGUAGCUGACGUGCCCGCGCCAGCUGCGAAGGGGAGACGGACGUGAGGGGACGGUGAAAGACUUCAAUAUUUUUAUUUAUCGGAUUUCUGAACUGAAUUCUGGUUGUUUUUUUAUAUGCCUUUAUGAAAUUGUUAACUUAAGCUUAUGUUAAAUACUAAUGUUAUUUGAAAUGGAAAUGGAAAUUGUAUGACUUUUGUGACAAUUAAAUGUGAUAUCGGACUGUUUUGAUACAUGAUAAUAAAGUAUUCAUUAUAUCUAAAUGCAAUACAUUUGAAUUAAUAUAGUGGAAUUGAGAUACACUUUAAAUAUUACACACAAGGUAAAGUUGUUAGCUCUCUGGAGCGCAACAGUGUGGUUCCGGAUGUAAUAAUUGUAUUUUCUCCAUUUCUUCAUUUAACUUUCUAUUUUACUCAUUGCUUUGCAUAUGUUUUCUUUUACUUAUCUAUUAUUUUAUUUUAGUAUGACAAUGUUUAUAUGCAAAGCACUUUGAGUCUGCCUUGUGUAUGAAAAGUGCUAUAUAAAUAAAGUUGCCUUGCCUUGCCUUGC